AUGGUUGUUAAAUGGGAGGCUGCUAUCAUUAUGUAUGUUGUUGGGGAGAGGCCUUCUAUUGUGGUUGUUAUUAGGUUUAUUGAGAGAGAAUGGAAUGUGGGUUCUAAACCACAGGUUUUGCUUCAUGAGGAUGGCUAUUUUGUCAUUCGAUUUGCUUUAAAAAAGGAGAAGGAAGCAAUCCUUAUGGUUGGCCCUCAUUCUUUUUUUGGUAAACCUGUGAUAGUUAAAUCUUGGUCAGCUGAUUUCAAUUUCCAACAACAAGUCCAUAGAGUUGUUCCGAUUUGGGUUAGAUUACCUAACCUGCCUUUGAAUUGUUGGGGAGUUGGUUCACUAAGAAGAAUUGAUAGUCUCAUUGGAGUGCCUCUCUUUUUUGAUGAGUGUACAACCCACCAACAAAUGAUUUCUUUUGUUCGAAUUCUCAUUGAAGUAGAUAUUACUAAAGAUUUGCCUGGGAGUGUAGUGCUGCAGGAUCCAUCUGGAAAUACCUUUAAACAGCAGGUGGAAUAUGAUUGGUUGCCCCCUUACUGUUCCACUGGUAAGAUAGUAGGCCAUGUUUGUGGUCAUGGGAAGCAAAAUACUAGUAGGUUAAUGCUUGCUACUCAGGUUCAGAAGAAAGUGAGCAAGGUGUGGGUGCCAAAGAAUAUUGUGAUACCUGAUGUACCUAAACCUACUAGUGUUGCUGGUGAUGAGACUGUCACUACUGUAGAUGAAACCAGUGAUGAGAUGGAUACUUCUAUGGAUAUUGUCAUCACACCAACAGUUCUUGUUCAUGAUGAUGGAUGGAGGGUGGUUUCAAGAAGGAGAAGAGAUACUAGGAGUCUUGUGCUCAAUAUGGGUCUGACUCAAGUUGGAUUCUCUGUUGAGGAGGGUGGUGUUGUUGUUGGGUCACCUCACAUUCCACCAUGA